CGUCGAAGUGACAUUUGACAUGGAAAUGUACAACAUUGGUUGGGAAUCCAUUAGUGCGACCGGUGGGGCAGCGAAUUACGAAUUUGUUGCGAGUAUUUCCGACAAAUCUGAUUUAGAAGACGACAACGCUACUAUCGUGCAAUUCGAAGUUGACGUCCGUGACGCCUACGAUCUGACUGUGGGAAUACCGUCCUUCGAAUCUAUUAUGAUUCGCGAACUGAAAGCAGACAUUAAAUUUCCGAGUGAAGACUGUCAUAUUUACCAGUAUGUUUGCCUGAGUGUUUCGGCGCCCAAUACUGCAGCGUACGUCGAUGGCAAUGCGACAAACAGUCAUUUUUGUCUGCCGUUUGGCGACGUAGAAGACGGAUAUGGCGGGAAUUCUCCGUGUUCAGGUUGUGCAGUUACGUUCAGCAUUGGACUUCUUUUACUGGCAGCUCUUGUCUCACUUUUCGGACAAUAAAAUGGUAAUUUACCUCCCUAGCAACGACUUCUCUAAACAUUACACACCACCGUGAUUAUGUCACAGGGUCGAACUUUG